AGUUUCCCAAAAAUACCAAUAGCAAUCCUAAAAAAAAAUUAAACCCGUCCUAAAAAAAAAUUAAACCCACAAUUAAAAUUUAAAAAGAAACGAAAAGAAUUGGAAAGUGGUGGUGGGAGGAAAGAGUGACUGAGGGAGGGGGCAGGGCCCUUCGCCCCGUUGUUUGUUAGUUGGCUGUAGAGAGAGAGUGAGGAAAACGGAAGAGAGAGAGAGAGAAAUCGACAGCGAACAGAAAACAAUGGGAAAGAAGGCAGCUGUGGAGGAAGGGAAGAAGAAGAAGAAGAAAGGGCGACCUUCCCUCUUGGAUAUCCAGAAGCGCAACUUUAAACUCCAACAAGAACAGCUACAGCUACAGAAGCCCAAGCAUCGAAAUCCCAAUUCCUCCCCUGCUCCUUCUUCCCGUGUUCACGACUCUUCCCUCCUCCGCCGAUCAGCCCGUCGCUCCAAUCCGGCGGCCAGCGCUCAAGCAGACAACGACGGCCACGACCAAUUGGGUCCAGCCAAGAAGCCCAAGCUAACCGAUUCCAAUUCCUUGGACACCGGCCCAGCCGAUUCCGGCGACGGCGGCGGCGAUUCCUCCCCAGCCGCCAAUCACAAGAAGAGGAAAAUUAAUGCAAUCCCUUCCAGAUCUGGAAUCUCGCUCGCCCAAAAGUCAGACAAGUCUACUUCUGAGGCCAAUCAAGCAGAUGAUGUCCAAGAAUCUGUCCCCUGCACUCCUUUACCUGACAAAAAGUUACUCUUCUUCAUCCUUGAGAGGCUGCAGAGCAAGGAUACAUAUGGUGCAUUCUCGGAGCCUGUGGACGCAGAAGAGCUUCCAGAUUACCAUGAACUCAUUGAUAAUCCAAUGGAUUUUCGUACAGUUACUGAGAAACUUACUGAAGGAGUUUAUGCCAGCUUGGAACAGUUUGAGAAAGAUAUUUUCUUAAUUUGUUCGAACGCAAUGGAGUAUAAUGCCCCCGAUACAAUAUACUUUCGACAGGCACGAGCCAUUGAAGAACUGGCUAAAAAGAAUUUUGAGAACUUAAGGCAGGAUAGUGAUGAUAAUGAACCAGCAACACAUAAAGUGGCAGUAAGGAGAGGUAGACCACCAACCAAGAACGUCAAGAAAAAGCCUGGUCGUCCUGCUCAGGGACAACGUGCUUCUGAGCCUUCAUCAAUCAAUACAACUUCUUCUACUGCUGACAAAGAAGGUGCCAUUCGGUUGAAUUCUGCUGAUCUCAGGAACUUUGGCUUGUCUAAUGGUUCUGGCAAUGAUGCGGGUGAGAACAAGCUAUUAGAUAGGAAUAAUGAAGCCACAGGUUUUUUUCUUAGAGGUAAUUCUAAUUCACUGAAGAAUGGGAAAAAACUGCUUGUGUUGGAUGAGAAUAGGCGCGAUACGUACAUGCAAUUCCUUGAAUCAACUAAUGGACGAGAGCCAUCAGUGCUGGCUACUUUUCAUUCAGAGAGGAGGCAACUAGUAGCAGUAGGGCUUCUUACAGAGUAUGGUUAUGGAAGAAGCCUUGCACGAUUUGCUGCAAAUGCUGGACCUGUUGUUUGGAGAAUUGCAUCAGCUAAGAUACAGAGGUCUUUGCCACCAGGGGUCCAGUUUGGGCCCGGAUGGGUUGGAGAAAAUGAUAUCCCUCAACGAAGGCCAGUGUUUCCUUUUCCAUCGUCAUCUUCAGUUCUUCCAUCACCGUUGAAGCCUUGUUCUCCUCUCCCAGCUUCUGGCUCCGUAUCAGAAGGGGAUAAUUCAUUAGAGAAACCUCCAGAAGAUAAUCGUCCUUCUGUAUUAGAAGAUCCAUCAGGUAAUUCUGAGCUUCCAUCUCGUUCAGCGUCCGCAUCCCAUCUCAGUGGCAGUGAAUCUGAAUCCCAGAUACGAAGUGCAGAAGCAACAGGUGAAUUGAACCAUAAUCAUGGGUUGAAUGCACCAAACGGCGGCAGCAUGGAUGUAAUUACCAAUGAAACACCACCCGUUGAAGCUCACGAGAGCCAAGUUAUUCACCCUGGCAUGAACGGAUUGAAUGGGAAACAUGUCCUCCAACCUGCCCCGGACAAUCGCUCGACCGCAGAAAAUCAGAAACAUGUUAGUUCAGCAACGCCAGAGUCUAGAGACGAGGCUAUAGAACAGAAAGUAGAACUAGACACAUCAACUCAGCAGCAGAAAACAGAAUUGCACCAACCUGGCCUUUAAUCUCGGGUUUCAGUCAGCAGGGGUCGUCUAGUUCAAGCCGUGUUGAUUCAGCACAACAACCAGAUUAACCAUUGCAGCUGUGAGAGGUGAAUGGUGUUAUUCAUUCUUUUGCUCAUGAGAAAUCUUGUUAAGGUUAACAAUUUAGAAGGGUGGGGGGGUGCUGGAUUUGGCGUUUGUGCUGCUGGACUCAGACCAGUGAAGGGGGAUGUCCUCUAGGACUGGAAGCCAUCCAAGCUCUUCACCUGACUAUAUAUGUAUUGUUGUACAAUGUAGGCUGUAUUCUGUACAGAUAAACGAUGUACCCUAAUUGUUAGGUUCACAAGCCAGUGAUUAGAAGGGGAGGGAGAGGAAAGGAGAAAGAGUGGAGAGUAGGUUGGUAAGUGGUAACAUCAUUUGAGGAAGGGAAUAAAAAAGAAGAAAAUGGGGCUGAUUCGUUCCUGAAUGUAGCUGUAGGCUGUAGCAGUAGCAAGAGUAUUGCAGCAGCUCUGGUUUAUGGUUAGUAAGAACUGCAUAUUGUAAGCUGAGUGAAAGUAGUCAGCAGAUCUGGAAUAGUGAAAGGGCUGAGCCCGUUAAUUGGAUUACAAGUCAUGUCGCCUUAUUUUCUGUUUGUAACGGGAUGAGAUGACUUUUGGUUCCUUCAUAGGUAGCCCAAAAGAUGAAGUUGAAGUUUCAAAACUGCAUGUGAACGCGGCCUCGAGAAAUUUCAGAGAGCUUGCCCAUGUCAACCCAAC